AUGGAUAGUCUUGUAUCUCCAAUUCAAUCGGCGUUCAUACCGGGAAGAUGGAUAGCUGAGUCUUCAAUUUUAACUCAAGAAAUAAUUCAUAAGAUUCGUCAUCAGAGAGGGAAGGAAGGUCUGAUGGCUAUUAAGCUGGAUAUGCAUAAGGCAUAUGACAAAAUGGAGUGGAGCUUCAUUCAAAGGGUGCUGGAGGCCAACGUAUUGUUGAAUGGUUCUCCUCUCAAGAAGAUUGUCCCUCAAAGGGGAAUUCUGAUUGCGAGAAAUGCUCCUCCAAUUUCACACCUACUGUUCGCCGAUGAUACAAUUCUUUUUGCUCGAGCCAACACGAAGGAAGCAGAGAAUUUUAUUCAGUGCCUCAAAACCUAUGAAGAGUGGUCAGGUCAACAUUGUAGUAAGUCAAAGUCAAGUGUGCUCAUAUCAAAUAAUAUUUUCGGUGACAAGAGAAAAAAAAUUCUUGAAGCUCUUUCAAUCGAUGAAAUAAAUGGGCAGGAAAGACAUCUUGGAAACCCAUUCAUUUUCAAGAGGCGCAAGAAAGAGAACUAUAUCAAACUGAAGGAGAGUAUGCUGCAAAAACUUGAAGGAUGGAAAAUGAAGCUUCUGUCAUAUGCAGGGAGACUCACACUUAUCAAAUCAGUAGCAGCAUCUAUGCCAAUCUACAUGAUGUCAACAAACAAAGUUCCAAUCUCUUCAUGUCAGGGAUUGGAUGCAAUUGUGCAAAAAUAUUGGUGGUGUGGAAACGCGGAGAAAGAUAGAUAUCUUGCCUUGAAAUCGUGGGACACUAUAUGUCAACCCAAAUCCUCUGGGGGGCAUGGAAUUAGACGUUUCUAA